AAUGAUGCUGAACGUAAGAAGAGCCAACUUCAAUUGGCGGUCGCAAAAGGUGGUUAUUUUUCCGUUAGUGUUGAUUUUCGUACUAUGUAGCAAAGAUGGACACUGUUGGUCCUCCAGUGCAUACAGUGGGUAUGGAAAGCAGGGAAGUGUUAAAGAUCGUUUAUUAAAAUCAUAUGAUUUUGUUAUCGUUGGUGGAGGAAAUGCUGGUGCUGUACUCGCUAAUCGAUUGUCGGAGAUUCCACAGUGGAAUAUUCUGUUGAUUGAGGCAGGCGGGCGUGAUAAUGUUCUCUCAGAUGUACCUCUGUUUGCGGCAUAUUUGCAGUCUACUGCUCUUAAUUGGAACUUCAGAGCCGAAAAACAAAACGGUUAUUGUGAAGGAAUUGAAAAUUUUCGCUGUGCAAUGCCCAAAGGCAAAGGACUCGGAGGAAGCACAAUCAUCAAUUACAUGAUCUAUAACCGAGGGAAUCCUGCUGAUUUUGAUGACUGGGAAUCAGCGGGAAAUGAGGGUUGGUCCUAUCGUGAGGUAUUGCCAUACUUUAAAAAAUUGGAGAAUGCUGCUUUUAAGGAUACGAACCAAACCCCAAUACGAGGCAAAAAGGGACCAGUGAAUGUAGAAUACGUCCCAUAUCGUUCUGCGCUCGUGCAUGCAUUUGUAGAAGCUAACAAGCAGCUUGGUCGAAAUAUUGUGGAUUAUAACGGCGACACGCAAAUUGGUGUCGACUAUCUUCAAGCAACCACCAAUCAUGGAAGAAGAGUUACGUCUGCAUCCGCAUAUUUAAAUUCGGUUUCAUCGCGACCGAAUCUCCACAUACUAACAAAUGCUAGAGCGACGGCAGUGACAAUUAAUCCACACACGAAAACGGCGACAGGAAUUGAAUAUUUAUGGCAAAAGCGAAAGCAUACUGUUCGUGUUCGCAAGGAAGUAAUUCUAUCCGCAGGUGCAUUCCAGUCGCCUCAACUUUUAAUGCUAUCGGGCAUUGGACCGAAGCAACAUUUGGAAGAACUCGGAAUUCAAGUUUUAGUAGAUUCGCCUGUCGGUAAAACCAUGCAUGAUCAUCUCGCACUUAUCGCGCUGACAUUUCUAACAAAUACAACCAAAGAAUCGUUCGACACCGACCGCUUAGGUGUUCCAGAGAUGAUAGCAUAUUUGAAACGAGGCAACGGAACACUUACCGUUCCGGGUGCCUUGGAAGCGUUGGCAUUUAUCAAGUCUAACAUUUCCAACGAGGUGCGCGACAUUCCCGAUUUGGAACUGCUAUUCGUUGGUGGUUCACCUGCAUCCGACCACGGGACGGGGGCUGUUCGUGGGAGUGCUUGGCAACAGGAUAUUUACGAUCGAGUGUACAAACCACACGAAGGAGAAGAUCAAUUCACAAUCGCUGUUAUGUUGUUCCACCCAAAAUCGAAAGGAUACAUACGUUUAAAAGACAGUAAUCCUUUGCAUUGGCCAUUGAUCUAUUCUAAUCUUCUUAAUGAUGAAGAAGAUAUCACAAUGAUGAUAGAAGGUAUAAAGGAAGCCUUCCGAAUCAUCGAUACUCCAGUAAUGAAAGCAAUCGAUGCUCGCAUAAUCGAUACUGCGUUGCCCACAUGCACUCAGCAUAGUUUCGGUACCGACCCCUACUGGAAAUGUUUAAUAAGGUCGUUAGCUAGUACACUACACCAUCAGGUCAGUACGUGUCGGAUGGGUCCAGCAAAUGAUCCGGAGGCAGUAGUUUCGCCAAAGUUACGAGUCUACGGUAUUAAACGCUUAAGAGUCGUCGAUGCUAGUGUAAUUCCUUCCACCAUAACUGGCCACACACAAGCGGCAGUUUAUAUGAUUGCAGAGAAAGCUUCCGACAUGAUAAAAGAUCACUGGAACUGGGGACAGAAGUUGAACAUGGAUGAGUGAUGUAGAAGUAAACGAGAUUUCGAAAACUGACCAAUAAAAUAAAAAAGUUCAAACAUAAUGUGUGUGUGUUUCACUACAAUGUUGCUCUUUAAAUCCAGCCAUUGAGGAAUUCUUGCGACAAUGUGAGUAUAUUUGAAAUCUUGGUCUACAAUAGUUGUCACCUGCUGGUGACAGAUACAUAGGCCAAAUGUACGUUUGACCGAAAGA